AUGUCUGAAGUUUUCGAAGAACGUCCCGUUGCUCCUCUUCCUCGUUCUGCGUCUCUCCCCAAACCCAAGGGAAUCCUAAAAAACACACCUCAAUCUUCAAACACUGGCGGACACAGCUUGCAAUGGGACGAGGAGAAUCUUGCUUUGACUGAAAUUGGGAAGGACAGUUUGAUGAAGAUUACUGAGCCCAAAACGCCUUAUGUUCGCUAUAACGCUGAAACCGAUGAAAUCGAAGGAGACAUCCCGAACCUCGACUUGGGGUAUUCGGCGUCGUCCCCCCUACAUGAUCAUCAUCCCGAGUCCCCAACCAUGUCUGUCUCACCAACUGGCGCAGACACUUCUGGCCCAUCUUCUCGCAGGACAUCUAUCUCAAGCAACGGCCGUCCUGGAACCUCAAUGUCUGGAAGAUCAGGGAGUGGCACUUCCAGCAGGAGCACAAGCUUUAACUUGCCGAAUGACGCCCGUAUUGCAAUUAGGGCAGAUUCGAGAUCGCCAGGUGGCGAGGUCGAAUUUGAAGAGGAAAUGGACGAAGAAACUGCUGCCAAACAUGCGGACUUCGUUCGUGCUCGUGGAAGGCAUUAUUCUAAUGAAGCAGAAGCGAUGAAGCGCGCAGCUGCACUGAUGGCCGACGACGAGGACGAAGAGUCCGAGAUUCCACCGAUUCCUCCUCUUCCGAGUAUCCGCAAUCAGGUCGAUCCAGAUGAAUCAGAUAGCAUGAACGAGAGUGGAACCGAUGCCUCUGAUGUUCCCCAAGACGGCAAUGUCAAGGUCAACGGGUUCAGCCAUCACUCAGGCGCAUAA